AUGUUCGCAAUGCUGUUAAUAGGAAAGCUGAGGCAAAUGUGCGUUAUGAAGUAUAAUGUGACACAAACCGAAAAAGUGACGCAAUUUUUCGGGAAAAUUGGUUCUCUUGUUUUAAUUUCAGUAGUUCGAAGCGAAUAUAUAUAAGACUGAAGCUUUUUCAACCUACUUCUGUUGAAAAGCAAUAACGGACUACAGCCGGAAAUCAAUUACCGCAAGAAGCAUCUUGAGCCCUCCUUCAGAUUCAAAUCACAAUUUUAAGAAUUUGGAUAUACCAUCAGGGUGACGCCAGAAAUAAUGUCAGAGACUAAUUAUCAAAGCAAUGAAGAACAAUCUGCUGAAGAAGAAGCCCCAAUAAAAGUAGAAGAAUUUUUACUAGUGGAAGAUAUUGCAUAUGUGAAAAUGGAAGAUCCAUGCAUACUGGCUUUCUGGCGCCAGACUGCAGAAGCCAUGGAGAACACAAAGACAGACAGUGAAGAUCUGGGACUAAAUUCUGGGCCAGAUGAGUGGGACAUGCACUGGAAAGAUUAUAGGAACUGUAGAAAAGGAGAACAACUGCAAAACAAUCUUCAUGGCAGGACUGGAGAGCUGGAUAUACGUCCGUGCUAUACAUGGCAAAUAACUAAGUGGCUUGUCUCUGAAAAACCAGUUGAUGGUUGUCAGGCAGAUAGUGCAGACAAUACUUCAAGCCCAGAAUCAGCCAUAAGUAAGUGGUACGGAUGGAGUAAAGAUGAACAAAGUCACUGGCCAAGAGAAAUUACUGAUUCUAUCAAAUUUCUUGAAAACAGAAUACCAGAUACACAUUGUCACCAUUGUUCUGAAGACUUCUCUGAAAAGGAUGAUUUGUUAAGGCAUAUAAAUGAGGAGCACCUAGAAGAAGAUGUUGGCUAUUUCCAGUGCAGCAAAUGCUUUACUUCAUUUGAUAGUAAGAAUAAUAUAAUAAAUCAUCUGCAGAAUAUAAACAACAUGUGUAGACUCUGUUCAGAAUACUUUUGUAGUGCUUCAGAUCUUCAGACACACUAUCAAGAUCAUGAGAGAAUGUACAGGUAUACUUGUGAUCAUUGUAAAAGUAGGUUCCAUAAUGAGGUUCAGUAUCAGCAACAUGCACUACUACACAAAGGAAAUAAGAUUGAUGGUAGUAGUCUUCAUAAAAGAAAACAUAAUAGGAGCUAUAAGAAAUCCACAAAAAAGCGACGAUCUAUAAAAAGGCCAUAUGAGUGUGUCCUUUGUCCAAAGACAUAUGCUUAUAAGCAUUCUCUUGAAGUUCACAUACAGAAACACAACCAAGAAAAAAUACUCAAAUGUAAUUUUUGCCCAUCUACAUUUUACAGUAAGCAUUCCUUCAUUGACCAUAUGAGUAUGACACAUCCUGCUAGGAACUCCUCUUUAACUGAAAAAUUCAGUAUUGUCUCAUCUUAUGGAGCUCAAAGUAAAAAGGAUUUAGGUAGUGAUGUAUCUACCUGAGGUAACUCCAAUUGUAUAACAAAACUAGUAUAUUUUCACCACUACCAUCAGUGUACAUGAACUCGGAUGUAUGUAUACACACAUACAUAUGCGUGGGAUUAUUGUAGGCCUUAGUCUGUAAUUAAUACCUGAAAAAAAGUGUGCAGUCAGUAUAUGUGAGCAACAUAUAACAUUCGUUUUAGUUAAUGACAUUCUUUAAAGAAGAUGUGAAAAUUGAUAUUACCUGAUAAAAUGCAAAGAAACAUUCUGUAAAUUGUGUGAAAAUUUCAGCUUUUCAAAUAUUUUCUGUUGUAAUAAAAGGAAGGAGGAUUUUGUCUUUGAAAUAUCUUACAUAAGUCAAAACUUGUAAUACACAAAAGAGCUACUUUAUGACAUCUGUUUUCCAUUCUGCAAAAAUAAACACUUAAUGUGUGUAAGAACACUCUCAGUUCCUUUGACCCAGGCUGUUCCAGCUCGAGUAUCCAUCUGUAGGCAACAUGAUUGUAUUGCCCUGGCUGAGGGCCUGUGCACAGGUUUGGCCUCAUUGCUUUUGCACGCACAAAAGUACAUGAAACCGAGCUGCCUCCUCUGCACCUGUCUGCAGGUGAGCAUAUUGUUGAUCAUGGACACUUGUGCCCAAUGGGGCAUUGUUGGAGCAGCCUACUUUAACCCCUUCAUUGUCAUAUUGCAAUGAUAUGUCCAAAAUUAUCAUAAUUUUUUGUAGUUUAUAGAUUUUUUUGUAGUUUAUAGAUUUUUUGUAGUUUAUAGAUUUGUGUUACAGUAUUGUUUGUAGAUCUAAUCAGCUGCCAAAAAAAGAUGCAAAAUAUUAUCAUAAGUUAAACUGGAUAUAAAUUUUAUGGUAUUACGAUUAACACAGAGCAUAGUGUAAAAUAGUUAGGCUCUUUAUAAUCUAUACAAUAAUAUUGGCUGUGUCAAUGUAUUUCCCUUUGAUUUGCAUUACAAUCAUUUAUGCAUACUGCUUUUUUCGGUUGUUACUUCCUUUUUAUUGGUAGUGUGAAAUAUCAGACUUUGUACUCUGUAGAAGUGAAGAGGUUCUGGUGCUUUUCCUGGACAUCUCGAUUUUGGAGAACGUGAACUACUGUGUUGGGCCAAUGGCCUUGCUGCAGUGGUAACACCGGUUCCAGUCAGAUCACCGAAGUUGUUGGGCUGGGCUAGCACUUGGAUGGGUGACCAUUCGGUCUGCCGAGUGCUGUUGGCAAGCGGGGUGCACU